UUCUCUUUUAAAAUGUCUGAAUUAUUUAAAGAUAUUGGUGGAAAAUUGACGGCAAUUUAUUUUUCUGCUCAUUGGUGCCCUCCAUGUAGAGCCUUCACUCCAGUACUUAAGGAAUUCUAUGAUCAGGCAAAAGCUAGUGGUGAAAAUUUUGAAAUUGUUUUUGUUUCUUUUGAUCGUUCUGAAGGGGAUCUUAAAAAUUAUUUGGAUGAAUCGCAUGGAAAUUGGUUAUAUAUUCCGUUUGGUAGCAGCAAUAUUAGUGUUUUGGUCAAAAAGUAUGACGUUAGCGGCGUUCCAGAACUUAUUAUUGUUAAAUCGAAUGGAGAUAUAAUUACUCGAAAUGGGAGAGCUGAAGUUCAGAGUAGUCAAUCGGCGAAGGAUGUUAUUGCAAAUUGGAAGGCAAAGGCUUAA